AUGACCGUUACUUCCAAGUUCAACCAGUUGGUCAGAGAAGAGCCUGAUCCCAUUGUGAAGACUAUGUCCCUUUACGCCCAAGACCCUUCUCCUAAUAAAGUAGAUGUUUCUAUCGGAGUCUACAAGUCGGAAUCCGGAGGACCUUACCUCUUCCCUUGUGUCGCGGAAGCAAAGAAGAUCUUGGCUGCUAACGACCCUGGUCACAACUAUACCAACAUGCAAGGUAUUCCUGAGUUCUUGGAAGGUGCUAGAAGGGCUGCUUUUGGUGAAAAGUACGCCAGCGAAGGCAAGUUGGCUUCGUUGCAAACUAUCUCUGGUACUGGUGCUCUCCACAUGGCAUUCCUCUUCUUGAGAGAAGCUGGCUACACCAACUAUUACUUGGGAGUACCCUCUUGGUCCAACUACGUUUCCAUGGUUGAACACGUAGGUGGUAAGGUCACCACCUUCAAUCACUACAGAGAGGAUACCAAGGACGUAGACUUUGACUCGGUUGUCGCUACCUUGGAAUCGGCUCCUGCUGACUCUGUUUUCAUUUUCCAGACCUGUUGUCACAACCCCACUGGUGCUGACUACACCCAGGAACAAUGGACGAAGAUCGCUGAGUUGGUCAAACAAAGAAGCAUUAUCCCAUUGCUCGAUACCGCGUACCAAGGCUUCUCCUCCGGUGACAAGGAAAAGGAUGCUUGGGCUAUCAGACACUUUUACGAAUUGGGUAUUGAGUUCGUUGUUUCUCAGUCGUUCUCCAAGAACUUGGGCUUAUAUGGAGAAAGAGUGGGAGCUAUGCAUGCUGUUGUUCAAGACAAGGAGUUUGUGCCCAACGCUCAAAGCACCUUGGUAGCUCUCUUCAGAUCCGAAUGCUCGUUUGCUCCAGCUUUUGGAGCCAGGGUUGCUUCUAUCGUCUUCCAAUCCCCAGAAUUGCAAAAGGUCUGGAGAGAAGACGUCGCCAACAUCACUAAGAGAUUGAAGUCUGUCAGACAGAAGGUGUUAGAAAGAUUGACAAAGUUGCAAACCCCAGGCACAUGGGACAACGUUAUCAAGCAAGAAGGUUUGUUCUGGUACUCAGGCUUAACUCCAGCCCAGAAUGAUAGACUUAUCUCGAAGCAUAGCGUCUACUCCACUUCAAUCGGAAGAGUCAACAUUGCUGGUUUGUCCGAUGCCAAUAUCAACUACUUCUGUGAUGCCGUGGAUGAAGUCGUCAGAGCCAUCAACUAA